GUGACGUCUUGUGGCGUUAAAGCAGUGCGGAGCCCCUCCGUCCACGAACUCACGCCUCAACAAUGGGCCGGGCAGCAGCAGCAGCCUGCGGUUUGUUCUUCAUCCUCACCGUUAUCGUGAAUAAAGGGCUCCCCAGUCCCCUGGCGGCUAAAGAAGCCUGGGGCUAUGUGGACGUGAGAGACGGAGCCCACAUGUUCUGGUGGCUGUACUAUGCGGACAGCCAGUCUGCGGAGUACAAGGACCUGCCUCUCGUCAUGUGGCUGCAGGGGGGACCAGGAGGAUCAGGAAGUGGCUUUGGAAACUUUGAGGAGAUUGGACCUUUGAAAACAGACCUACAACCCAGAAAGACGAGCUGGGUCCAGGCAGCCAGCGUGCUGUUUGUCGACAACCCCGUGGGCACCGGCUUCAGCUACACUGACAGGCCGGACGCCUUUGCCACUGAUGUGGCCACGGUGGCCUCAGACAUGCUGGUGCUGCUCCAGCACUUCUUCACAGAGAAGGCUGAGUUCCAGAGCAUCCCCUUCUACAUCUUCUCUGAGUCGUAUGGAGGGAAGAUGGCAGCUGCCAUCUCUCUGGAACUCACCAAGGCCAUAGCACAAGGGACAGUGAAAUGCAACUUUGCUGGUGUGGCACUUGGGGACUCCUGGAUUUCCCCGCUGGACUCUGUCAUGACGUGGGGACCGUACCUCUACACCACAUCGCUGCUGGAUGACUACGGCCUGGCGGACGUCAGCAGUGCGGCGGAGGCGGUGAAGAAGGCUGUGGAGCAGCAGCAGUUCACGAAAGCCACGGAGCUGUGGUCCGUGACUGAGACCGUGGUGGAGCAGAACACCAAUGGAGUCAACUUCUACAACAUCCUCACCCAGGACAACGAGGAGAAGCUCACCGCGUCAGCAGGAGAGGACUUCAUCUCUCUGCAGACACGCCGCCACAUUCGUCCCCUCCACAGCCAAUCGCUGAGCCAGCUGAUGAAUGGACCAAUCAGGAAGAAACUGGGCAUCAUCCCUCAGAAUGUCACCUGGGGAGGCCAGGCAGAGGAAGUGUUCAGCUACAUGGCGGGAGACUUUAUGAGACCGGUGGUGGAUAUAGUCGACCAGCUGCUGACCGCUGGAGUCAAUGUCACGGUGUACAAUGGCCAGCUGGAUCUCAUAGUGGACACCAUGGGUCAGGAGCUGUGGGUGAAGCGGCUGAAGUGGGAGGGACUGUCUGGAUUCAACAAGAUGAGGUGGACCGCCCUGGAUGACCCCACCUCCCCGGGCAUUACUGGCGCUUUCUACAAGACUUAUAAGAACUUUGCCUUCUAUUGGAUCCUCAAAGCCGGUCACAUGAUUCCCUCAGACCAGGGACCUAUGGCCCUGCAGAUGCUGAAGAUGAUCACCCAGCAGGACUGACACGCCCCCUCUCUGAUAGCAGCUGAAUGGCACUGACAAUCAUAGCAAUCGCAUGACUUUUUAUAUUCCUGCUAAACCAAAUCAAGAAUCUUGGCUCUCUUCUAACACAGCAAUGACUUGACUAAAUUUCAGCCAGAACAACAAUAAAGACAUUUUUCUUUUUUUGUAAA